CUUCACCGAGAACUGUCACUUCACCGCUUUCUGAGUGAAGGGAAAACCCCUCUCAUUCCAGAUGGCCAGCUGCUAGCAUCUUGCUCUCAUGACAAGACGAUCAGGUUCUGGGAUACUAACUGGGGAAAUUCAGCUGCAGAAUACCAAGACAUUCAAAUUCGAUUCCGCCUAUGGCUCCGACUAUGGGUUUUAGACCGUGGCGUCGAGCAGCAGAAUGAUUCGGGCAUUCUAGGUUGGGUAUAUGCUGUGGCAUUCUCACCGAAUAGCCAGAUACUAGCAUCUGGUUCCGAUGAUGGAACAGUCGCACUCUGGGAUACAGUGAGACGGACGCUGCGACAGACUCUGGUCGUCUUUGGAGUGUUCAAUGAUCUUAAAUUUGCUUAUGAUGGCUCAUAUAUCACAAGUAACCUCGGAUAUUUUGAUUCUUAG